AUGGAUGGAGGAGUGGGCGUGAAUAGGUAUUGGUGUUACAAUUGUGAACAUGUUAUAAAUCCAAUCAGGAUCGGGGCUGAGAUGGUCCAAUGCCCAUUAUGUCAAGGUGGAUUUGUAGAAGAUAUAGCCUCCUCCGGCGUGGUUGACUCUUCAUCUUCCUCCUCUAGGGAAGAAGAUUUCUCAGAUUUCUUAGGAACAGCGGGAUCUGGAGGAUCUGAAUCUGAUCGGGCGCUCUCCCUUUGGGCGCCCAUCUUGCUAGGCAUGAUGAGCAAUCCGAGGCGUAGAAGGAGGUUAAGACGAAGACUUGAAUUAGCAGAUGAAGAAGAUGAUGAAAACAACAACAACAAUCAGAGUCAUCAUGAGGUUGAAUCGAUUGACCCGAGAAGGAGGAGGAGGAGCUCCGCCACGAUUCUUCAACUCCUCCAAGGAAUUCGAGCAGGGAUGUUAUCAGAAGCAGACAACAACAGAAGGAGGGAAUCAUCCGAUCGAGAGAAUUCCAUCUUGAUCAACCCGUUUGACCAUUCUAUCAUACUAAACGGUCCUUCGUUCGGUUCGGAAAACAGGAACCAUAACCAUCGAAUUGGGUCUUUGGGCGAUUACUUUGUUGGACCAGGGCUAGACUUAUUGCUGCAACACUUGGCGGAAAACGACCCUAAUCGAUACGGGACCCCACCUGCUCAGAAAGCGGUGGUGGAAACUAUGCCGAGCGUGAGAAUAAAUGAUAACUUGUCGCAGUGUUCAGUCUGUUUGGAUGAUUUCGAGGUUGGUAAGGAAGCAAAAGAAAUGCCUUGUAAGCAUAAGUUCCAUAGUGGAUGUAUUCUCCCUUGGCUUGAGCUUCAUAGCUCAUGUCCGGUUUGCAGGUAUCAACUUCCUUUGGAUGAACCAAAAGUUGAUAAUAAUGAUAUUAUGGCUGCUGCUGCUGUUGAUGUCAAUGGAGGAGUCGAUGAUGGAAACAGGAGGCGUUUCUCGAUGCCUAUACCGUGGCCUCUCAGUAGUUUGUUUUCAUCGCCUUCCUCUUCCAGCCUCGGUAGCACUUCUCGUACUGAUGAGAAUAACAAUAACAACAACAACAAUGAGAAUUGAGUGUUAUGUUAGAAUGUUCUUUUUCAAUGUCUCAAACCUGUUCACUACCAUAUCUAUUGGGUUAUUUUUUCUUGGACGAUAUGUACAUAUUAUUAUGUUUUAUUUGCUGACAUCCAAAACAAUAUUCUUGCU